AUGCGCAGGGGCGCCUUCGCCUUCACUUCCUCUGUCGGCGGCCGCUUCCGGGCCCCCGUUCCUUGGUAACAAUGGAGCAGAAAAUGGCCGCCUGAGAGGGGAGGGAGGGAGCCGUUGCGAGUGUUUGGAGACGGACGGAGCGGGGCGAGCCGGCACCGAGCCCGCUGAGGACCGGGGAGAGCAGCGGACCGAGAGCUGGGGAGGCGGCGGCGGCGGCGGGCGAUCCUCUUCCACUCCUCUUAUCAAGAUGGAAAGCUCAGAUUCUAGUGAUAAAGGAAAUCUUGAUCAAUCAGAAGCACAACGUCAGAGUCAGCUAGAUCGGUUAGAUCGAGAAGAAGCUUUCUAUCAGUUCGUAAACAACCUGAGUGAAGAGGACUACAGGCUUAUGAGAGAUAACAAUUUGCUAGGAACACCAGGUGAAAUUACUGAAGAAGAGUUGCUGAGAAGGCUACACCAAGUUAAAGAAGGUCCGCCACAGCAAAACAGUGAUGAGAAUAGAGGUGCAGAGUCCGCAGAAGAUGUUUCAAAUGGAGAUUCUAUAAUAGACUGGCUUAAUUCAGUCCGACAGACUGGAAAUACAACGCGAAGUGGGCAACGAGGAAACCAAUCUUGGAGAGCAGUGAGCCGGACUAACCCAAACAGUGGUGACUUCAGAUUCAGUUUGGAAAUAAAUGUCAACCGUAAUAAUGGGAACACGAAUCCAGAAGCUGAGAAUGAGCCAUCUGUAGAGCCUUCCAGUGGGGAGGAUUUGGAAAACAGCCAAAGUGACUCUGAAAUUCCAAGGUCUGAAUCACCAUCCGUAAGGCAGCCUGGAUCAGAAAGGAGCACUUCUGAGGAGCUAACAACUGAGGAAGCCUCUCCUCCUAGAGGGCAGAGGAGAGCGAGAAGUAGGAGCCCCGAACAGCGGAGAACACGGGCUAGGACUGAUAGAAGUAGGUCACCUAUUAAUCCAGUGAGUGAGACUCCUCGCAGGGCUCAUCACAAUACAUCAUCUCAAACACUUGACCAUUCCUCGGUAAAUGAAGCUGAGGGAAGUUCUAGAACUAGGCAGCAUGUGACCUUAAGGCAGCAUACAGUGGGGACUGAGAUGCCAAGUGAAAAUGCAGUUCUGUUUUCAGCCCCUGAAACAAGACCUGUUCCUCAAGCAGCAGGUUCUUCAGAAACUAAUGGCAGCAGUGAGUCUGCAACUCCUGGGCAGAGGCCUCCUACUAUAGUACUCGAUCUUCAAGUGAGAAGAGUUCGUCCAGGAGAAUAUCGACAAAGAGACAGCAUAGCCAACAGAACUCGGUCCCGGUCCCAGACACCCAACAACACAGUCACUUACGAAAGUGAACGGGGAGGGUUUAGGCGCACAUUUUCGCGUUCAGAACGGGCUGGAGUGAGAACUUACGUCAGUACCAUUAGGAUUCCUAUUCGUAGAAUCUUAAACACAGGCUUGAGUGAGACGACAUCAGUUGCUAUUCAGACUAUGCUAAGGCAGAUAAUGACAGGCUUUGGAGAGUUAAGUUACUUCAUGUAUAGUGAUAGCGAUGCAGAUCCUAGUGGCCCCGCUCCAAAUCAGAACGUGGAUGCUUCUGAGACACAGAAUGGAGGUGGUGGUAGUUCAAGCAAUGAAAGUACAGAUGCUAGCUCAGGGGAGGUGUAUGAAGGUGGCAACGAAGGUGGUUCGACGUCUGGUGCUAGACGAGAAGGUCGGAAUACUAGGGGAUCGGUCACAUUUGAAGAAAGUGGUUCUCUACCAUUCCUUAGCCUGGCACAAUUUUUCCUAUUAAACGAAGAUGACGAUGACCAACCAAGAGGACUCACCAAAGAACAAAUUGACAACCUAGCAAUGAGGAAUUUUGGUGAGAGCGAUGCUCUGAAAACCUGUAGUGUGUGUAUUACAGAAUACACGGAAGGCAACAAGCUUCGUAAACUGCCUUGUUCCCAUGAGUACCAUGUCCACUGCAUUGACCGCUGGUUAUCAGAAAAUUCCACUUGUCCCAUUUGUCGCAGAGCAGUCUUAGCUUCUGGUAACAGAGAGAGUGUUGUCUAAAUGAGAUCUGAAUUCCUGGCCAAGCAGCUAGUGUAAUAGUGAUGGGCAAAGAAGUCACUUCCUUUAUGGCCACUUUUUGAGUGGUACCUAAAUGUAUAGUAAUGACUUGGAGUGAAUCUUCCCUCAUGAAAACAUUUUCUGAAUUAAAUAAAGCUUUUAAAAUUGGAGCAUUUCUUUAAUUAGGGUUUUCAAGGUCUAGUCAGUUUGUGAUAAAUAUCACUUGUCCAAAGACAUCUACCCAUUUAAAAAUAUUUUUUCAUUAUGAAGACUAUUAAGUUCUUCCCCUGCCCCCCAGGCCAAUAAGCAUUUUGUCCUCAAGGUUGUACUUAUGAGGAAUUCUUCUGAGAAGUCAUCCCAGCUAAAUGUAUGUGAGUCGUAAAGGAUUUUUUGCGAGAGAUCCAACUACCCGACUGAAAAAUAAUAUGAACUUAAUUGCACACUUGAACAUACUUUUAAUUUUCAUACUGGGUUAAUAUUGGACAUGUCUGUGUAAAUAACACUAAUGUUAGCCCUUUCCCCAUCACUAUGGCACGCUGUAGGAUGAGCUGUUAGCUUAAUUGGGAUAUUUAUCUUGUUGUGGAAAUAUAAGAAUUGCCUAUGCUUGUUUAAAUAAAAAAAAAUCUGUUUUAAAAUUGUAAAGCUUUUUUGUAGAAGCUCAGUACUUUUCCAAUGCACUGUUGUACUAAUGCAUUAAGAAUUAAAAUUGUACCAUGCUUAGAAAUCGAGAAUGCUUUUCAUACAAAACCCACCACACAGAGAGCAAACUAAAUGCGAGAGCUGCUUUUGUAACUGUGUACCUGUCAAGAGCAGUGCAUAUCUGUACUAUUUAUGUGAACAGCUACUGUAAUAUAAGAACAGUUGAAUUAGACAUCUUAAUUGCAUUAAAAAAUGGAAAUUGAAUGUUAUAAUUGCAGUGUUUUGGCUCAGUAAUGCCACCAAAAAGAUGAUAAAAAUUAGAAACUGUUCUAAUGACUGGUUAUUUCUUUGUAUGGUUACUAAUAUGUAAUAAUACAAAUGGGUAUGUACCAGUUCAUUCAGUAAGGUUUGUGCCCAAUUUUUUUUAUCAAGUCUUAUUUUAAUUUUUGAGGCAACUCUGUGUAACUCUUCAGCAGACAAAUACUGGCAGAAUUUUCCCCUUUAUUUUUUUUUUAUUUUCUUCUUCACCAGCUUCAACAAUAUUGGUAAACUCUGGAUCUGUUUAGUGCAUGCGCUGAUAUCCAGCGUUAGUAGCCUGUGACUAAAGUGCCACAGAAGAAUAAUUUUAAGUAUUAACUGGAAAGCAGAUUAAUUAUUAGAGUGCCAAGUUAAAUUUGAAAUUCUAAUUGAUUACUGUAGUACACUUAAAAUGUUACACUUCUGGCAAUUGGCAACACAUAUGCAAAAAAACUCUUUAUACUCCUGUUGGACAGAUUAAAACCAGUUAAAUUUUCCAUUAAAAGUAAAUAUGUGGCAUAUUAAUUUGAGAAUUGAAAAACGUACCUCGACACUCAUCAAUGUCAGGGGAAAGUUCCCUUCGCCCCUUCAGUAUGCUAUUCUUUUUUAUUCUUUAGUGGUGGUGUUUUGGUUUUUUUCUUUUUUUUUCUUCUCCGGCUAAUGUGUGCAGUGGGGAAAACAAUUAUUUAUUUCAAGUUCAGGGCCGUAGUUAAGAAGGGAUAUGAACUGCUCUUGCUGGCUAUAUGGGAAAUGUUGCUUGCUCCUCAGAUGACAGAAAACCAAAGCUGGCCUAUAUUUUUUUCUUUUUUUCUUUCUAAUUAAAACACAUUUUCAGUGUUUUAUAGUGGUGGUUGCAUAAAAUAUACUCAGCUCUAAGCCAUUUUAACUUCUCAUCAGCUAGUUAAGGAUUCCACAGUGUCCCAGAAUUCCAGUUUUUUUUCUACUUGUGCAUUUUGUGGUGGUUGGUUCAGUGGGAAACCCUGACUGGCUAUUGAGCUCGCUUUCCUCCUGGUGGGACACACCAUCAUGGCAGAGGGGAUAUGGAUAUCCUUUUUUUAAGCAGAAGAAUAAACAAGCUUAUGCUCUUAAAUUUUUCCCUCUGAUGUGCAUCACUGUAAAAUUGAAAAUUAGGUAUUAAUUUCAGGUGCUGGACUUCCAUGAAUGUAGAUAAUGUACUCUAUGCCAAAAUUUCCUCAACAAAAUAACACUUCUGAAUUUCUUCCAGUAGCAUACACAUAGCAGAUACGUGCUAUCAGCCGCAGCUUCCAGUAGCUUUACUGGCUUACUGGAGAGUAGUAUUAGAAGGGGGAAAAAAAAAAACCCUCUCUAUAUGGCUGUGUUUUAGAUUUUGAAAAUCUGAGCUACAUCUCUGAGGACUAAGGAUGGUGACCAGAAAGAAAGGAGCCCACUAGUGCAAAUUAAUGUGAAGCACGGCUGUGAUACGUGUCAUUCAGCAUAACUUUCUUUUUAAUGUUCUAAGUUUCCAAUAACUGUACACUUUGGUAGAAUCAACUUUUGGUUUUGUUAUAGCUUAAUAGUGGCAUGCCUUAACAUUUUAUCUUUAUGUAACAAUAGCAACAACUAAAUAAAAUGUUGGAGGUUUCCCAAACGGUACCAAGAACAAAUAAUUUAACCUCAGCUAAGAAGCCCUUGAAUGUCCGAACUGUUUUGUAUGCCUUUGCGAACGCUGAGCGUGCUAAAGGCGCUGGGGCUCGCUUGCCCGGCUUCCAGCCCAGCUGGCAGAAACGAAAUUGCUGCUGCAGCGCAGACCUCUCUGGGUAGCCGAGCGCUGUCCCGAGCGCUGCGCGGCGCAGCCGGGAGCUCGGUGGUCACGGAUGCCUUCGUAGCGUGCCAUGCACAAAGCGCGAGCUUUACGUCAAAGUCGUAGGCCUGAGGGUUGGCAACAGGAAUUCUCAAGCGCUACUGCGUUAUGCUCUAGUAGCUCGAGGUAAUUUUGCUUCUUUUAGAGUUAUGUUGGAGUUGGGAAGAGGCAGUAUUAACACCUUAGUUGCCAACAAAAUAAAAUAGACUGAUUUUAGCAAGGUUCACAAUUAGCCUGAUGAUGAAUCAUUUUGGUAUUGAGCAUUUGCGCUUACAGCUUCCCUAAAUUCAAGCGUGCUUGUUUUGGCGUUGCGCUUACAGGUGGGAUGCAGCCACUUUACUCAUGCUUAUUGCCGUCUGAAGGGUUAAAAUGGUUAUUUUUUGUGAUUUUCUGAUGCGUGCUUGUACAAAAAUGAGUUUUAGGCGGAGGCAGCCUUGUUGCGUCAGCUGCCUAGUUCGUGGUGCCACCUUGUGGGAGCCUCUCCUGCCCUUCCUUCAGCGCCGGGAUCAGCCUGCAUCUCGGCUCUUAGAGCAACGUGGAUUCUUUCGCAUCGAAGGCUUUUGCUUUAUUUUAAUUUUGAAGGAGUUCCCCUGUUGCUGCCUGCUUAACUAGGGUUGUUGUGGUGGGUUUUUAACGGCAAACCACACGAGCUUAUGCUGUGAAUACUAUCUGUCUGCAUGUGAGCUUAAUUCCAUUCCUGCAGGACUGAUCUGUGUCCACAGGACCUCCAUACAUGGGUAUUAAAGCAGUUGUGAGGCCAAAAUCUAGAAGAAUGCACACUAUUUUUUGUUUAAGAGUGCAGUGGACAGUUUAACUUGAAUUGUAAACCAAUAAAGAGUUGAGGGUGCUUGCCUUUUUCUUUUUUUUUUUAUUAGGGCUUUUUCAUUAAAAGACUGUGAAGAGUAAUUCCUGAGGUUUGUUAGACUUCCCUUUUACAUGCACUUUUUUAUUACUUAAGGUGGUUUUUUUGCAAAGAACUUCUAGGCAGUUAAUUGAUUUGUUUUCAAAAUGAUUUGACCAGUGUAGCUACUGCACGCAUAGAAAUUACUCAUUAAAAGUUUAAAGACUUUUUGUAGGAAGUAUUAGUGUGCAUGCAUAGCAGCUGCACUGACAUGAUACCGUACCAAUUUUGAAGGAGCCAUAAUUGUCCAUUGUGUCAACUUGCAAACUCAUGUGUUUCCCACUAGCGUUGCCACAAUGGACCAUAAUGACUGUCAUUCCAGUUUCCCGUCAGUUAGCUGGAUUAUGCAAAUAAGUGGAGUCCGAAGGACUGUUUCCCUGGUAUAAUUGCAGUGGACGUUUAUCUCCAAAUGGUUGCCUACACAACGGGGAGAUUCAAAGUGGUGCCAUAAUAACGCAGGCCUAAGAGAAAAGAAACACGGUUGAGGCUGACCAUUGAUCCCGAACUGUUGGCAGUGUGAUCAGGUGUUUUCUUACUCAUCGUGCUGCAAUGCACAGGUUCAUCCAGUUGACUUAAGCCACAGCCUUAUCUUUAACCUGAGAUCCUUUUUAUUACUGUAAUGUGUACAUUUGUAUAACUGUCUGAUGUCUUGACUUACUCACCGUUGGUGCUUGCUGCUGCUGUGGGGACUUGCUUGACGGAGGGUGUGCGAUGGGGUGUUGGGCUGCGAGGUACACAGUGCUAUGGAAAUGUCUGCCUGCUCCUCUGGCUUCUCCCGGGAGGAGUCGCUUUCCGUGGGGGUUGGCUUGGAGCCAUGUUGAGGGAAUUUGUAACAAAUUCAGAAGUAUUUCAAAUCUUUACAGACACUAGGCUUUUUGUUUGUUUAUCCUUGACUAGGGAGGGAAGGAGGAGAGUGAAGAGACAGAAUCAAUGGUAACUUACCCAAAGUACCUUUAAGUUGUGUUGUGCGGUUUUUUUAAAGAAAAAGAAAAGAAAUUUGCAUCUGUUAUACCAGGGCUUCCCAACCUCUUUUUGAUAUGAGGUACCUUUUUUUUUCUCACAGGGGAAAAAAAAUACUCAAUUUGUUUUGAUUAUCUCAUCUGAUUUUGUUCCCUUAAGCUAAAAUACCUAAGACCCCUUCCUGAAUAUUGCUAUCUGCUAGUAAGGCUGUUGGUUGGGAAGCCCUGAAUUAAACUGAGAAUGUAAUAAUUUCCUUUUUUUUUUUUUUUUUUUUUUUUGUACAGUGCUUUUACAUCUGUUUAUACUGGACUUGUUUAGUACAAAAUGGUACUCUGAGGUCAUCAGACAACAGUUUGACCAGGUUUGCUAGCUAACAUUUAGGAGGAGUUUGUUCCCUAUGUAAGAUGUCAUAAUGCAAAUUUAAAUAGACUCAAUAAAAUGCAUGAAGUGAUAA